CCAGCCCCUGCGCACUCCCCCUCCCUCCCACGGCCCCGCCGGUGGUCGCGCCGUUGGGACUGGUGCUGGUUAGGGGCGAUCUUGGAAUGAUGGUGCCGGAGGAGGAGGAGAGGGAGGUGGAUGAGCUGGAGAGGAUGCGCGGGUGGGCGAGGGACGCCGACGUGGCCUCCCGCAAGGCCGAGGAGGCCGCAAUGAGACGGCACGCUGCGGCCAGUUGGUUGCGAAGAACGGUUGGAGUAGUGUGUGCAAGAGACCUGCCAGACGAACCCUCUGAGGAGGAAUUCCGGCUCGGACUAAGAAACGGGAUUGUUCUUUGCAAUGCACUGAAUAAGAUUCAGCCUGGUGCCAUACCUAAGGUUGUCCAAGCUCAGUCAGACGCUGCUGGCCCUGCGGAUGGCUCAGCUCUGUGUGCAUAUCAGUACUUCGAGAAUCUGCGGAACUUCCUUGUUGUUGUAGAAGAUUUGGGGCUUCCGACAUUUGAGGUGUCUGAUUUAGAAAAGGGUGGCAAAGGUGUUCGCGUUGUGGAUUGUGUUCUUGCUUUGAAGUCACUUAGUGAAAGUACUAAAACAGGAAGAGAAGCAUCAUGUAAACAUGGUGGCCUUGUAAGGCCUUUUAUUGGCAGAAAGUAUUUUAUACUCAAUAACACUGAUGCUUUUAUGAAUAAGAUAACAAAAGGACACUCAGCAGAGCCAAUCACGAACGGAUUUUCAGAUGGGCAAAACAUAACUACUGACUUUUCCAUAGAAUCCAAUGAGAUGACUACUUCGGACUCCCUCAGCGUUCUUUUUCGUACAGUUCUCAAGGAUAAGAAACCAGAAGAAGUCCCAUUGAUUGUUGAAUCGAUCCUAAGCAAAGUUAUUCAGGAAUAUGAGCAUCGCAAUGGAAACCAGACCAUGAUGGAUGAAGAGGAGCAAAAACUUUUGGAUAUGACGAAAAAGGUCAACCAUGAAAUUGUAAAUGGUGAUGGUGCAGCUAAACAGUUCCAACUAGAGGCACUAACAAAGUUUGAUCUGCAACACAAACAGAUUCAGGAAUUGAAGGGUGCUCUUUCUUUUGUCAAGUAUGGCAUGGAACAACUGAGAUUACAGUACUCGGAAGAAUUUACUAAACUUGGGAAGCAUUUGUACAGUCUCUCCGAUGCAGCUUCCAGCUACCAUAAAGUUCUUGAGGAGAACCGUAAAUUAUACAACCAAAUACAGGACCUUAAAGGAAACAUUAGAGUGUACUGUAGAGUUAGGCCUUUUCUACCUGGACAAAUAUGUUUAUCAACUAGUAUUGCUGGCACGGAAGAAAGAACCAUCACAAUAAUUACUCCCACGAAAUAUGGGAAAGAUGGACACAAAUCUUUCGGUUUCAACAGGGUCUUCGGUCCAGCAUCUACUCAAGAAGAGGUCUUUUCAGAUAUGCAGCCUUUGAUCCGUUCCGUCCUUGAUGGCUUCAAUGUCUGCAUAUUUGCAUAUGGCCAAACUGGAUCAGGAAAGACUUUUACCAUGAGUGGACCGAAGGUGUUGACAGAAGAAAGCCUUGGUGUUAACUAUAGAGCGCUAAAUGAUUUAUUUAAUAUUCAAGCACAGAGAAAGGGGAUAAUCGAUUAUGAAAUUUCCGUGCAAAUGAUUGAGAUCUACAAUGAGCAAGUGAGGGAUCUCCUUCAGGAUGGUGGAAACAGGAGAUUGGAAAUAAGAAAUACUUCGCAAAAAGGGCUGGCUGUUCCAGAUGCAAGCAUAGUUCCUGUCACAUCUGCGUCUGAUGUUGUUGAACUGAUGAAUCAAGGUCAGAAGAAUCGUGCAGUGGGCUCAACAGCCAUCAAUGACCGAAGUAGCCGCUCUCAUAGCUGCUUGUCUGUUCAAGUCCAAGGAAAGGACUUGACAUCUGGGACAUUGUUGAGAGGUUGCAUGCAUCUUGUGGACCUAGCAGGUAGUGAAAGAGUUGAUAAGUCUGAGGUUGUAGGAGAUAGGCUGAAGGAAGCACAGUACAUAAACAAAUCACUUUCAGCAUUAGGAGAUGUGAUUGCAUCUCUUGCACAGAAAAACUCGCAUGUCCCUUAUCGGAACAGCAAACUUACCCAACUUUUGCAAGAUUCUCUAGGAGGACAAGCAAAAACUUUGAUGUUUGUUCACAUAAGCCCGGAACUAGAUGCUGUUGGUGAGACAAUAAGCACCUUGAAAUUUGCUGAACGAGUUGCUUCAGUUGAGCUUGGAGCAGCAAAAGCAAACAAAGAAAGCAGUGAGGUUAGAGAGCUCAAAGAACAGAUUGCUUGCCUCAAGGCAGCAUUGGCGAAGAAGGAAGGAGAGCCGGAGAACUUUCAAAGCACACAGUCAAGCCCUGAUAUGUACAGAAUUAAAAGAGGCAAUGCAAUACCUGCUUUCCCUAAAAAUAGACAGCCAAUGGAAGAAGUUGGAAACUUAGAGAUCCAGAACAAUGCCACUCCAUUGCAAAAGAAGACCAGCUUUGAUUUUUCUGGUGUCUUUAGUGAUAACUACUCAUCCAACUUGGCUGAAAAUUGCAAUGGUAUUCAAAAGAUGGAUAGGGUGGCUGUUCAUGAUGAGAAAUCUGAGAAUGGCAAUUCCUUCCUGGAGCUGGAACCUGAUGCAGCACAGCUACCAACUUUUUUCUACCAAAGAUAUAACCAUGACAAGCAAAGGCGUAGGGCUGAACAAGUAGAAAUUGAUGACUUAGAUAGCAUUGAUGCUAAUACUAGUUGCUCUUCGGACCAAGAAAUGUUGUUGUCAUCCAGUGGCCUGAAAGCUGGUGGUAACGACAGCAGAGGCGUCUUCCCGAUAAAGAAGCCCCAAGCAAAAAGUACAAAAGUUACAGCAACCAGGAAUCCAAAUCAUGCAAUGAAAUCUCCAAUGUCAGAGAGAAAGUUGCAAACACCAAUCAGGAACGGCAAACAGGUAGCUUUCAGUACUAUUGGUGGAAGAAGAACUCCAAAUGGAAAAAUUAGCACUCCGAAGUAAUCGACUAAUAUAUGAAGGUGCAUCCUAUUACACCAUCUUCAUCAUGGCUAAAGAAAGAUCAUCAGGAAACUGAAACAAGUGUGUUUGUGAAAACGUUUAUAAGGAUCCAUGGUUUGGUUCAGUCUGAUGGAUGAAUCAUUUUAAGACAUUAAAAAUAGAGAUAAAUAGAUAAGGCCUCCAAGAGGACAGACAGACUGUAAACCCUUUGGAAUUUUUAGAUUUGAGAUCGGUACAUAGCUCACAGCCUCACACUGAGAAUUUACGGUUGUAUGUAUGUACAUUAGCCUGUAAUAGAUGUUUAUCACAUGGCAUUGCAACAAAGAGAAUUCUAAUGAAAGGCCUGUACCCUUUGUCAUGUUAAAUUGUCAAAUUCAAGCC